AUGUCUGGGUGCUUUCCAAGGUCCUUGCGUCUCCAGUUCUACACUCUCAGCGUAAUGCGAAGUCAAGAGUUCAACCUGGGCGCCACGCUUCAAUGCCACAGCUGGCCUGUACAUGUGCUGCGUGCUAACUUGGAAGGCACAACCCUGAUCAAUAUGAUUCUUCAUGAAUGCCAUUCUCCCCCACGUGAUGACGGCUGUCAAUACAUCUCCCUCGCGGAAGAAAUCACCAUACCUUUGAAGCUUACCUUGGUUCAUCUUCCAGCCAUGCUGACCGAAUCCUGUGGCGGCGUAAUACCACCAACCUUGGUAAUGAACUCCGGCCGCAUCUUCAUCACCACUCGCGAUCCAACCAAUGCGAAUCACAGAAUCAGGCUCCAGCCGCCGCACCAGCACAGAGAACGUCUGCUUACCGUGUGCCUCUGCACAGGGAGGUGCGAUGCAGCCCCACCCCUUGGCAGGGCCACGCCAAAUGACGUCGCGAGUGCACUGGUUAUCCGCCCGUGCACGAACAUAAUGAUGACCCUCGUGUUUCUGCUCCUCCACGGCCACCGGCACUAUCUCAGGCAUUUUAUGCUCCCAGCAAGCCUGGCACACGUCAAAAUCACAAGCCUCGUUGCAGCAGUACGCAGUACCCUGACGCCCACACAGGUUGCAGAUGCUAUUUAUGCGAAGCCUUCUUGCGAGGAGGUGCCGAUGGAUAUGGAAGCAUACGAGCCCAUCGUCACGCAUACACAGGGUGCCGAAGCCUGGCGACUUGUCGACUACACUGCUUGUACCCUGUGUUGA